UUGCGAUGGACGAGUUGAAACCGCAGACGGCAGAAUUUCAUUUGAAUUAUUAUAAAUAAAUAAGUUAAGAAGUAAAUAAUAUCUACUGGUGAUCAGUUAAAUCAUAAAAAUGUUGGUAAAGAAAGUAUUCACCCUGGUCUUCCUGAGAAAAGACAGCGAGAUUUUAUUGGGUUUUAAAAAACGAGGUUUUGGUGUAAACAAAUGGAAUGGUUUCGGCGGGAAACUGGAACCGAAUGAAUCCAUCGUUGAAGCUGCAGCUCGGGAACUAAAAGAAGAAUGCUGUGUCGAUGUAAGAACUGGCGAUUUGAAGAAUAUAGCUCAUUUGGAAUUUACAUUCGAAGGGGAACCUACACUGAUGGAUGUGCGAGUUUUUUCUUCUGAUAUUUUUCAAGGAAUCCCUCAAGAAACUGACGAAAUGCGACCCAAAUGGUUUCAUUGUGACCAAGUACCAUUCGACGAUAUGUGGCCGGAUGACCGUAUUUGGUUUCCAUAUAUGUUAAAGGGAAUAUUAUUUUACGGUAAAUUCCAUUACAAGGGCUUGGAUACUAUAUUAAAUUAUAAUAUCGAAGAAUUAGAAUCUAUGGAAUUGUUUUAUGAUAGACAUAAGUAAAAACGUUGUUUUGAUACUGCUUGAUUUUUUGUGAUAAUAGAGUAAGAUCGUGCUUUGUUUAAGUGUUUGUUUUUCUCAUACAAUGUAUGUUAGAGCUAUUAGCUAGUGCGCAAGAGCAACUUUUGUCUCCGCAACUAUUUUGUCUCUCCCAUCAACUCUAUGGGCUAGUAAGAAAGUGCGCGCACGUAGCGACG